AUGAUCGACCUCCUGCGAUCAUGUGCACCUUCGUCCUCACUGUCAGCUGAGUCAAUAACGCUGUCAGCUAUUCAUGGCUUACCGGACGCCGCCAUCCCACCGGCAGCCCAACUGCCCAACCAACCCCAAAUACCAGCUCCUACUCCCACACCGCAACCCACUCAAUGGCAAGAAGUCCCUUCAUCACAAGCACCACAGACGAAUGCUCAAGUGCCACGUCCAGCAGCAGCCGUGAUGCCCUUUCAACAUCAAGCCUCCACUGCACCAGUUGAACAACCCAUUGAACCACCUGCCACAACCACGUCAGCUGCAGCACAGGCCCCUCGAGUACUACCACUGUCAGAUAUCCUGGAUCCGACAAAGUUCGAACUUGGUCCUGGAGAUAAAGCGCGUUUGGAAAAGCGCCAACUUCAUGAGCAUAUCCGCAGCGGCGGUGACGUUCCACUUCCUCAACUAGAUCCUAAUGAUCCGUUGAAUUCGUUCGAUCCUUUUUGGAAGGCCAGAUAG